GCUUACGUGGCAUGCCAACUUUACUGUAGCUGUCAAGUGAUGAAGUAGAUACGUCGAUGAACUUGUGUUUAUAGCUAAAAGAUGAUUAAUUCUUUUAAACGUGUUCACAAGGUUCAGUAUGAAAAUGAACGUGUACCGUCGGGCUGAUGUGAAUUUUUAUUGAUGUAAGACUGAAUGUUGCAAUCGAAAUAAUUUUAUUUUACUACUCCUAAACAAUGGAAGAGGCUAAACAGAAAGUAAUUAAAUCAUUAAAUGAGGAGUUUAAAGAUGUUAAAGACCUGAAAAAAUGUCAUGAGUUGAAAACGCGUUUGGAAAAUCAAAAGUCAGAAAUAGAAAAAUCACUCUCUCUUGCUAGUAGUGAAGUACCAUCAAAAGUAAGUGCUGCCAUUCGAAAUGUUGAAGAGACUAGUCAUGAAAUCAACAAGCUAUCAGCUGACUUUGACUCUUUAAGCUGUACAGUAACAAAUCAGUUGGAAAAAGUUGAAGCUGUGAAUAACAAAAUGAAGGAAUAUAUUGAGAAAAUAGAGUAUCUGGAGAGAAGUGUAGCUUAUCUUCAAUGCGUCAAAAUAAUUGAAGACUUAAGUAAUAAUUUGGAAUCAUCAUUAUCUGAAAAAGAUGACCAGAGAAGUGUCCAACUGUUCAUUUCCUUAUGUGAACUGAAUGAACAACUUGAAGGAUCAAAAUACCAGCACCUUGUGUCAUAUCUUCAUGACAUUAUUCAUUUUUGGCAUAACUUAUUGAAACAGAAGUUUUCAGCAGAAUUUGAAGAAAUUUUAAAAGCUAUUAAGUGGCCCUUUUUAAGUAGUAACUCAUUUUUGGCCACUCCUACUUCUGAAUCUUUACAAAAAUUUCAAAACCUCAUAGAGCAUCUUGUGCACAUCCAACUUCCUGACAAUUUGACGGUUCAUUCGGUUGUAACAUCAACAUUAUUAGUGGACUUCGCCCCUCUUACUUUACCCAUGAGCUUAUUGCUGCGACCUCUAAGGAAGAGAUUUCUAUUUCAUUUCCAUGGAUCAAAACAAACAAAUAGGCCUGACAAACCAGAAUGGUAUUUCACUCAGGUACUGAUUUGGAUACGUGAUCAUGAACAGUUUGUGGGGAAAUGGGUUCAACCCACUCUCAACAAAUUGGGCAUAACUCACAUCUCAGCAAAAGUUGAACUUAUUAGAGGACUUGUUCAAGUUGUGGUAGAAAAGCUUCAUGCAGAUUUGCCACAUUUGCAAUAUGAUGAUGUCCUGUUCUCUCAUACAGUGGAUGAGACACUUGGCUUUGAACGAGAACUGCGAGAAAGUUUCAAUUAUCCUUCAUCCCAACCAAGUGUCAUAGGUGUACUCACACAGGCUCAAAUUUUUGUCAAAUGGAUUCAUAUGGAAAAGAAAUAUGCAACAGAGAAAAUGGAUGCAAUGUUAAGCUCUGAAACAGCUUGGUUACCAUUGGGCACCCCAGAGCUUGAUGAAUUACGAGUGACCGAAUGCGGUGAAAGUUUCUUGAGCUUACUUCUUACUAUUACAGAACGAUAUAGCAGCCUACCUCAGCCUGGGCACAGAUUGCAAUUUCUGGAUUUGCAACUGGAGUUGCUGGAUGACUUCCGUGUGCGAAUGCUGCAGUUGCUCCACGAAGAACCUCCUGACCCUCUAAGCAGUCGUCUGCCUGCCAUCCUGAAUACUCUCAGCUACUUGGCCUCUGUGCUGCAGGAAUGGGGAGGCCUUACUCAUUUUUUGCAUUUGCAAUAUUACAAAGUUCGGUUUGAUCACUCAAGUACUCAUGUACAUGAUGGUGAGGACCACAUUUCACCAUGUCAGGAUCCUGAUCUUGAAGAAUUAGAAGGGACAGUGUUUGAUGAUAUUCUUGCGUAUUUACUCCGUACCAAGUCAGAACUUAUUGGGCAGUUAUGUGAAGCUGUAAUGAUGGAUGUUAUGGCACGUAGCCGUGAAUACCGAAAAGAUAAGUGGUUUGCAAUGGCUUCCCCAAAGGAACUCGUGAAUCCAUCUGUAACACCCACAGCAUGCCCCAUGUUCCAAGUCUUGGCUGCCAAAUUACAUCAGUUACAGGAAAUACUUAGUAUUCCUUUAUUCUUGUCAGCUUGGCAAACUUUAGCAAAGAAUAUGAGUCAGUUCAUAUAUGAAGAGGUAAUUCUUCAGAACAGUUUCAAUGAGGGAGGAGCAAUGCAACUCCAGUAUGACAUGACACGUAAUUUAUUUCCCCUUUUUGGACAAUACACUCAGAAACCCGAUACAUAUUUUGCUCCUGUGAAAGAAGCCUGUUUGCUUUUGAAUCUCCCAAAGGGCACAGCUCUUCUCUUAAGAGAGACUCUCAAACUGAGUCAGAAAGAGGAUGCUACUGAUGAUGGCCCCCAGGCAGCUGAGGUUCUGGCAGACGUGGGGGUUCACACGUUGAGCCCAGACAAAGCUAUUGACAUUCUUAACUUGCGAACAGAUUUGACAAUAAUGUAAAAUAAUACCAUAUUGGUGUGCAUAUCUUGUUAUAUUUAUGUGGCUUUCAGACUUUCAUAUCCAUUUACAUAAGUUGCAUAUCAUGAAAAUGUAAAAAUGUACAGAAAUAAAGCUGUGUCCCUGUAGGUA